GGCCCCUGUAGUGUCUUGCUCUAGUGGCCGCUCUGGGGCUAGGGCAGGGGAGGGGUCGCAGGCGAUGGUCCCCUCGCUGCGUUACCUGGGCAGUGCCUACGGACUGGCCCGUGGGAGUUUCCCCGGGGGCUUCUCCGCGGCGUGCGGGCCCGCGCUGGGGAGGCCCCGGCCGCUGUGCCAGGGUGGCCGCAAAGCCAGCACUAGCUCAUUUGAUGUAGUCAUCAUCGGUGGUGGAAUUGUGGGGCUUGCCUCUGCCAGAGCCCUCAUCCUGAGACAUCCAGCACUUUCCAUUGGUGUUCUGGAAAAAGAGAAAGAUUUAGCUAUUCAUCAGACUGGACAUAACAGUGGUGUCAUACAUAGUGGAAUUUAUUAUAAACCUGAAUCUCUGAAAGCUAAAUUAUGUGUGCAAGGCGCAGCCCUCAUCUAUGAGUACUGUAACCAAAAGGGAAUUUCUUACAAGCAAUGUGGCAAGCUUAUAGUAGCUGUUGAACAAGAAGAAAUUCCCAGGCUUAAAGCCCUAUAUGAGAGAGGCCUGCAGAAUGGUGUCCAGGGGCUGAAGCUGAUCCAGCAAGAGGAUAUAAAAAAGAAGGAGCCAUAUUGUAGGGGUCUAAUGGCUAUUGAUUGCCCAUAUACCGGCAUUGUAGACUACCGUCAGGUGGCUUUGUCAUUUGCCCAGGAUUUCCAAGAAGCAGGUGGCUCUGUCUUGACCAAUUUUGAAGUAAAAGAUAUUGAAAUGGCUAGAGAAAGUCCUUCAAGCAGUGAAGAUGGGAUGAAAUAUCCAAUUGUUAUAAGGAAUACAAAGGGAGAGGAAGUUCAAUGUCAGUAUGUUGUGACAUGCGCAGGACUUUAUUCAGACCGUAUUUCUGAGUUGAGUGGCUGCAAUCCCGAUCCACAGAUUGUACCAUUCCGGGGAGAUUACCUGCUCUUGAAGCCAGAAAAAUGCUAUCUUGUGAAAGGAAAUAUUUACCCGGUCCCAGAUAGCCGGUUUCCUUUCCUAGGAGUUCACUUCACGCCAAGGAUGGAUGGCAGUAUUUGGCUAGGGCCUAAUGCAGUUCUUGCCUUUAAACGAGAGGGCUAUAAACCCUUUGACUUCAGUGCCAGAGAUAUUACGGAUAUAAUCACCAAGAGUGGCUUGAUUAAACUGGUGUUCCAGAAUUUCUCCUAUGGAGUCAAUGAAAUGUAUAGAGCCUGUUUCCUUAGUGCGACAGUGAAGCACCUUCAAAAGUUUAUCCCUGAAAUUACCGUCGAUGAUAUACUUAGAGGUCCAGCUGGAGUAAGAGCCCAAGCUCUGGAUCGAGAUGGAAAUCUGGUAGAAGAUUUUGUAUUUGAUGGAGGAGUUGGGGUUAUUGGAAAUCGCAUUCUUCAUGUGAGAAAUGCACCUUCCCCUGCUGCUACUUCUUCCCUUGCAAUUUCUGGAAUGAUUGCAGAUGAAGUGCAACAAAGAUUUAAAUUGUAAAUAAUGAAAGGGCUAGCUAUGCAUUUUAAUCUCCACAUUCAGCAACAUCCACAAGAGUGUACUAAUUGCAUUCUUUAAUUUAA